AUGUGGCCUCGAGGUAUGCAGCGCUCCGGUGUCGUGUCCGGUGUCGUGGGUCACAGUGCUGUACCCAGCUCUCGCUCGGAUGGUUUCGAUGCAGCACCUUCGACAUGCAAGUACACCACUGCGCUCAUGAUGGAUACAUUAACCGUUGACGUUGUUGCCGUUUCUACAGAUGAAUCUUCAGGUUAUUUCGCCGGUGGACUUGGUGCUGCUCGGUCAACUCGACGAAUUCCUUGCACUCGAGCCCUUCACCUGUCAAAGAAAAAGCUGGCCAUUGCACAUGCUAAUACCUCGGCGAGAAUCUCCAGAUAG